CCUCGGCCGGGGUGGAUGAAGUGAGGUGCCUGGACCGGUGGCUCUGAGGGGCCGGCCGAGGCUUGACAGGCUUCGCUCGCACCCAGCGGCUUGCAACACAGAUCGGGCUCAGAGCUGUGCCUCCCGGGAGGCAGGUGUGGGGUGUCUUGGGCGUCUCCGGAGGAAGCCGGAGAAGACCACUAACUGCUCCUCUUAGGGAGGAGGCCUCAGGGCCUGUCCUGGAAGUGCGGGUGGCAGCUAGUGCUUUGGGGGUAACCCCGUCCUCUCCUUCUACCAGGUACCCGGGAUAGCGCUAGCUGGUGAGAGUCGCCCCUCCUUGGCUUCUCCCCCGCACUCUUUGUUCAGUGGCCUAGUCUCUCUGAGAGGGGAGCACUUGAAAUAGAGCGGAGUAAGCUCCAUUCCCAGAACCACAAAGCUGGAAGUCAAACCCAGAGUUUAAACGUUGAGAUGGGAGGCUGCUUUGAAUAAAUGUAAAGUUGUCCGAUCUAGAAGCGCUCUUGCACCUACGGAAAGACCUUUGUCACCAAGACUUGAGGCUUAUUUACAUUUAGCUUAUUGCCAUGCAAAUUCCUAAAGCCUUCUUUGUUAGCGGCCAUCAUCCAGAUCGCUGAGCUGAACUACUUCGCUCUUCUCUCUCUGGGCACUCUUCACAGGUCUAUAUUUUGCCAAGCUUCUCUUGAAAAGUUCCCUCCUUCCCUCAUUUAGAUAAAUCAGAUAGGCCUUUCUUGUUUAAUUCUUAACAGUUCCCUUAGUUAGUUAUAACUAUAACAAGUUAAAUUGAAUGUAAUUAGGACGUGUCAAAUGUGCUUAAGUCCCCUGGUCUGCUGUACUCCUGACCUUAAGCAAGUAUUUUUAACCUCUGUGCCUGAGUGUUCUUUGUAUGACAUGAAAAUUUUGAAAUAGACCCUCUUUCAGGCAUAGUCCUCCUUAAAAUUUCUGGGAUUUUGUGAGUUUUGUGACCCACCGCUCCUCUUUGCCCACUCUUCACUUUUUAAACCCAUUUCCAUCUCUCUGAAAACAUUGUCAUUGAGGCUAGAAGGUAGGAAUCCCUUUUUUUGAAGCAACCUGAUUUGGAAAAGCUGGUAGUCUGAAUGGUCUCUUCCUUGGACCCCCCCCCCCCAAAAAAAAAAAACAAAAAAAAACACCUCCCUCUGAACUACCUUUUUCUCAUUAUAACAGCAGAAACCAAGCAGGAACAGCCCUUGGAGAAAGGCUAAGUUUUUCUUGACAUCUACAGUGACAAAGACCUUGAAAAAGUUGGUACUUCUGGCCUACGCUGCCAUCAUCCUAUCACCCAGCCCAAGACAGCCCAGGCUGGAUGUUAGUGCCUCCCUCUUUAUUCCUCUGUGAUCAUCCAGAUCAGCACCUGACUGUUUAUUUUCAAAUCUCACAAAUUCAGCUCCAGAUCUUCAUAUUUGGAGUCUCAGCUGUACUUGAAGGACAGUGACUUGUUACAACAGCAGAGCCUACCAUCCCCAGCAGAUCUCCAGUCAGCCCCUGACAUUGUCCCUUCCCUUGUCUCCCUUUGUGGCCUCCUAAAUGCCCAUCUCGUUGGCCUGGGUUCAGCUGGUGGUAUGGAGGGGUGCUGCCUAGCACUGAACUGGGAGUGUGUGUGACCCACUGACCCAAUGGACAUCAAAGGCCAGUUCUGGAAUGAUGAUGAUUCGGAGGGAGAUAACGAAUCAGAGGAAUUUCUCUAUGGAGUUCAGGGGAGCUGUGCAGCUGACCUGUAUCGACACCCACAGCUUGAUGCAGACAUUGAAGCCGUGAAGGAAAUCUACAGUGAGAACUCUGUAUCUAUCAGAGAAUAUGGAACUAUCGAUGACGUUGACAUUGACCUCCACAUCAACAUCAGCUUCCUCGAUGAGGAAGUGUCAACAGCCUGGAAGGUCCUCCGUACGGAACCCAUUGUGUUGAGGUUGCGAUUUUCUCUCUCCCAGUACCUUGAUGGACCAGAACCAUCAAUUGAAGUUUUCCAGCCAUCGAAUAAAGAAGGAUUUGGGCUGGGUCUUCAGUUGAAAAAGAUCCUGGGUAUGUUCACAUCCCAACAAUGGAAACAUCUCAGCAACGAUUUCUUGAAGACCCAGCAGGAGAAGAGGCACAGUUGGUUCAAGGCAAGUGGUACCAUCAAGAAGUUCCGAGCUGGCCUCAGCAUCUUCUCACCCAUCCCCAAGUCUCCCAGUUUCCCUAUCAUACAGGACUCUAUGCUGAAAGGCAAACUGGGGGUACCAGAACUUCGGGUUGGGCGCCUCAUGAACCGUUCCAUCUCCUGCACCAUGAAGAAUCCCAAAGUGGAGGUGUUUGGCUACCCUCCCAGCCCCCAGGCAGGUCUCCUGUGCCCCCAGCACGUGGGCCUCCCUCCCCCAGCUCGGACCUCUCCUUUGGUCAGUGGUCACUGCAAAAACAUCCCCACUCUGGAGUAUGGAUUCCUUGUCCAGAUCAUGAAGUAUGCAGAACAGAGGAUUCCAACAUUGAAUGAGUACUGUGUGGUGUGUGAUGAGCAGCAUGUCUUCCAGAAUGGGUCCAUGCUCAAGCCGGCCGUCUGUACUCGUGAACUGUGCGUUUUCUCCUUCUACACCCUGGGAGUCAUGUCUGGAGCUGCAGAGGAGGUGGCCACUGGAGCAGAGGUGGUGGAUCUGCUGGUGGCCAUGUGUAGGGCAGCUUUGGAAUCCCCUAGAAAGAGCAUCAUCUUUGAGCCUUAUCCCUCUGUGGUGGACCCCACUGAUCCCAAGACUCUGGCCUUUAACCCUAAGAAAAAGAAUUACGAGCGACUUCAGAAAGCUCUGGAUAGUGUGAUGUCCAUCCGGGAGAUGACCCAGGGCUCAUAUCUGGAAAUCAAGAAGCAGAUGGACAAGCUGGAUCCCCUGGCCCAUCCUCUCCUGCAGUGGAUCAUCUCUAGCAACAGGUCACACAUUGUCAAACUACCUCUCAGCAGGCAGCUGAAGUUCAUGCACACCUCACACCAGUUCCUCCUGCUGAGCAGCCCUCCUGCCAAGGAGGCUCGGUUCCGGACCGCCAAGAAGCUCUAUGGCAGCACCUUUGCCUUCCAUGGGUCCCACAUUGAGAACUGGCAUUCGAUCCUGCGCAAUGGGCUGGUCAAUGCAUCCUACACCAAACUGCAGCUGCAUGGAGCAGCCUAUGGCAAAGGCAUCUACCUGAGCCCCAUCUCCAGUAUUUCCUUUGGAUACUCAGGAAUGGGAAAAGGACAGCACAGGAUGCCUUCCAAGGAUGAGCUGGUCCAGAGAUAUAACAGGAUGAAUACCAUCCCCCAGACCCGAUCCAUUCAGUCAAGGUUCCUGCAGAGUCGGAAUCUAAACUGUAUAGCACUUUGUGAAGUGAUUACAUCUAAGGACCUCCAGAAGCAUGGGAACAUCUGGGUGUGCCCUGUGUCCGACCAUGUGUGCACACGGUUCUUCUUUGUAUAUGAGGAUGGUCAGGUGGGCGAUGCCAACAUUAAUACUCAGGACCCCAAGAUACAGAAGGAAAUCAUGCGUGUGAUCGGAACUCAGGUUUACACAAACUGAGGGGGCCCCAGCCCUCCUACCACUCCUGUUCCCCCAGGAUCCAUCUGCCCUCAUAAAAGGGCUCAGGAGCAGCUGGCGAGACUGCCCUGAGGAAUCAAGGGGCCAUUACCAAGGGGCAGGAAAGGAUAGAAGAGGCAGCCUUCAUGGUGGAGACUGACCCAGGAACCACUCCACAUUUGGAUGGCCUAGACUGACUCCUUACCCCUGACUUUCCCAAUUGACUUCACCCUGUUUGUAAAUAAAACAAUAAAAUGGAAGGUGCUGUGGACUGGA